AUGGACAGCUUUGCCGCCAAGGUCCUCAAGCGCCAGUAUGUGUCAUCCGUGGAGAGGCAAUGGUAUCAAGAAAUCGUCCGCAUGGCAGGCGCCAAGCGGUAUGCCCAACGAGUCUCCCUUCGUGAUGGUCUUGCCGUUUCCGACGCUCAAGGUCAGCAUUGUACGUCUAACCUCCAUGACUCCAGUUACAGCAAGCUUCUCCAAGCCUUCCGCGACGCUGUUUGCUUGCUUGCAGAUGUUGACAGCUCUCCACCCAGUACUUGUGUCAAAACUGUCGUCGUCUCGAAAGAUGCGUAUCACAUGAUCGACAAGGGGCUUUGCCGGUGCUUGUCUUGGGCCAGCCAUGCCCGGUUUCAGUGCAACAACCUCGUCCGAAGCCCAGAGCCGUGCCAAGAGUCUAGGCAGUAUCAGAGUUACGAGAGGUUUCAGUCGCCUUCCUUUGGAGGCUUCAACCCAGCCUUCGGCCCUCCUGGCUUUCCAGGCCUGGCUGGGUCCAUGGAGCCCUUGCCGGCGCUGGGGGCGCCGAUGCAGCCGAUGCGGAUGCCCGGCGCUUCGUCGAAUCUGCAAGGCCUCGGCCUUGAGCUCGAACCACGGAGACGAGGGACCCUGCCCGAGCUGUCGGCAUUUGAGGACAGCGACUCCCAAGAGGCAGGAAAGACAGUCGAGAAGGCUGAAGAUGAGGCAACGGAUGCUGUGCAAGAAGCCGUGAAGAAAGACUUGGACAAGGCGGAAGAUGAGACGGAUAAGAUGCUGGACAAAGAUCCAGACAACACCAGGGUGCCGCAGGAUACCGCCGAUGCGGUGCAAAUGUAUGCUCAAAAGAGGAUAGUUCCCACCUUCACUGGUGGCCUGACGAUGCGAAAAAUCAACGACCUCAUCAGCGAAUCCAGGCAGCUGCUGCACAAGGUCCAUGGCAAGCUGAAUGCCAUGAAGGUCAAGCCACCGGACACUGGAUCUGCUGCGGCUGCCGAAGGCGCCAGUGCAAAGCAGGCUCAGAAGCAACAGAGCAGUGCGCUGCAAUUGAUGGCCAUUCCUCCUGCCCGCGGUUGGCGGCUAAGCGUUCGACGUCUGACUACGUACGGAGGUGCUUCGCGCUGGCUGAAAUUCCAGAAGCGGCCCAGUGCAGCUGCGGAUCUGCAGGGAGCUGGCAGCUCGCAGCAGCAGCUGUUUCUGGCAUGGAUGCAGUCCAUGGGCCGGCGUCAGGAAAGCAUCUUCCAAGAUGCUGCUUCUAAGCCACCUCCCCCUCACAGAAGUGGAGAUGCAGAUGAGCUGAGUGAUUCAGAGGACUUGGAUUCGCUCUCAGAGGAUUCUGACUCGGAGGAUGAGGAGGAGCCGGAGCCGCGGCAGGAAGGUACAUCACGACCCUCGAGGCGCUCCGAGCAUGUGCACAAGCCCAAGGAUGGACAUGAUUCCGAGACCGAUGCAGCGGACACGCCUAAGAUGGAGCUCCAAUCACAUCGUGGUGAUCGGCUGGGCCGCGAGGAGCGGGCGAUGCACCGGCGAGGCCUCGGCUCCAAAGACGAGAUCCUGGGCUACGCGCGGCAAGUUGCUGACGAGAUGGGACAAUCCGACGGCGUUUCUGUGUCUGACAUCAUGAUGUUCGCGAAGCGGGUUGCCGCUCAUCCAUCCGAGAGCGGUGUCGUCACCGAAAGCUUUGGAGUCGACGGCUUCAGCAACGACAUGUUCAGUGACAACUCGCUUGGUGGCUCUGCGCUGCUGCGAUUCGCGCGGGGAGUGGCGCAGCGCGGGGACCUGUCCUCCGCUGGCGGAACCUCUGCCGUGGAAGGUGACGUGCUGGCCUUCGCACGCAAGGUAGCCCAGCAAGCGUCCGAGAGUGGCAUAGGGACCGGCAUCACGGAGGGCACGGAUAUCAUGGCCUUCGCGAGAAAGGCAGCCCGAGCAGUCUCACAGUCCGGCAUCAGUCAAGGUGCAAGCGAGUCUGACGUGCUGGCUUUCGCCCGUAAGGCCGCAAGGGAGAUCUCGCAGUCUGGCGUCAACGCAAACGACUCUGACAUCCUCACCUUUGCCCGAAAGGCUGCCGAUGAUGUCUCCAAGUCGGGUGUCGUCAGCGAAACCAGCGUUCUUGCUUUCGCCCGGCAGGUGGCUAGUGGGAUGCACAGCGAGGUGACUGAGACCAGUGCAGCAACAUCAAGGUCCGACUUCCUGGCCUUUGCUCGCCGGGCAGCACAGGAUGUCUCGAAGUCUGGAGUGGCCAGCAGCGUCGCCUCAGGCGCAGAGUCGGACAUCUAUGCCUUCGCUCAGCAGGUUGCCGGGGACGUUUCUCGGAGUGGUGUCCACGGAGCAUCAGAAGCUGCUGGCAGCGUGCGCGAGUCGGACAUCUUCGCAAUCGCGCAGAGACACACUGGGCUUCCUGAGUCCAAGACGCCUGCAAAUCCUGCAUCGAGCGUCGCAAGCGGGUCGGACAUUAUGCAGUUUGCACAGAAGGUUGCGCAAGACGUCUCGGAAGCGGGCUACAGUCGUGCCUCCGAGGCUUCUGAUUCGCGGCUGCUGGAGUCCCGCAGUGGAGCAGAGUCCACUUCAGACGUUCUGGCCUUCGCCCGUAGUGCUGCGCAGGCUGUGGGAUCAUCCACAGUUCCAAGCGAAGACCUCUUCGUUCCGGCCCGGCGUGUGCUCAGAGAAGGCUCCUCGGUUUCGGGCAGCGAGCCGGAGGUUCAGUCGCUUCAUUGGCCGAGUCAUGCGUAUAGCACGGAACCACCAUCAAAAGACUUUGGGAUCCCGGUUCGGUAA